ACAAGUUAAGCAAGAAACUCAUAAAAGGGUAGCUUCGAAGUAGAAGAAACCUGACUUCCUUAAGAUCUCACUCAUGGCGAUCCUCAUAUCUUCCAUUGCUUCCAAGGCCUUGGCGCUAUACACUCCAGAGGUUUCUCGGCAUCGACGGAGCACAGUUCUGUCUUCAUCAGCUCAUCGCCGGCAAAUCUUUACCGGCUUAUCCAUGAAGUCUUGGGGCAUCAACGGCAAUGUCCCGCCAACAAGAGGAGCAACGCAAAUCCCUGCAGCUGUCCCAGGCCCCGAAAAACUGCUAAGAGGAAACCUCCCAAUAUCCAACAUGCCUCAUUGGGCUACGUUGGUCGUUGGUGCCGUCUUAGUUGCAAUUCCUAUUUACAGAAAGAUAAGAGCACUGGAAGGUAAGGUGGAGAAGACGGCAGAGGUAGCAAUCGAGGUGAUCGACACGGUAGCUGAAGCUGCCGAGAAAGUCGCCGGCGAAGUGUCCGAAGCGUUUCCCGACAAUGAAAAGCUCAAGGAGGCGGCAUCCAGGAUCAAGACCAUCGCAGAUGCGAUCGAGGAGGAUGCCCAGAAAGCCGAGGCCCUGAUCCAUAAGGUUGACGAGAUAGUGAAAGAGGUCGAAUCCGUAGUGGAUCCUAUCAUCGACAGGCUCGGGAAUGAGGGACCGGGGGAUCAUACAGAAAUAACCCAAGGGGAAGAUACAAACGACAUGGCGAAGAAAAGCAAUUAACAGAGUUACUAAGGGCAAAUGCAGAUGUCAUUUUGUCUUUAUCUCAUUUUCUGUUUGUGGACCUGCGUUUGUAUAGUUUCUGUGUAUCAGAAAAAGGUAAAUAAAAUUACUCUGAACUGUCCGAGCAAACAAUAGUUUCCUUCAGACA